CGUGACUAAAGCUGUCGACGAGUGGGGGUGUCUGUGUCAUAUUUCCACGCCCUGCUACACAAAAACCAAACAACAGACGCCUGGGAGCGAGUGCCGGUAUUGGAGAGGGGGCAGCUUUGCAUUUUGCCAGACAUGGAGCCAAACUCUCGAUAACGGGACGAGAUAAGACGAGACUGGAAGACGUCGCUUAGCGAUGCGCGGAGUGCGGGAUACCGGCUGAUGACCCCCGGCGUUGUGGACACUCCACUCUUCACUCGGGAGGACUCAUUCUUUCACAACAAAGACGAGGAGGCCAGCAAGUUCUUGAAGGAACAAGCAGUUGCCCAUCCCCUUGGCAGAGUGGGCCAACCCCAGGAUGUGACUGAGUCCAUUGCUUACCUUGCCUCAGACGCUGCGAGCUUUGUGACAGGACAGCUCAUUUUCAUUGAUGGGGGUCGACACCUUGUCUAGCACAGUACUUUUUAGUGAAAUUCGUGCAUAUUCAGGGACAAACCGAUUUGUUCUCGAAGGGCGGUUUGAUACAUGAACAUACAUGAAUCUUGCUCCAAUGUCCUUUGCUCGAAGACAUGAGUUAAAUAUGCAAUUGACUGCAUGUGAUCCAAUAAAGAUCGAGAAAUGGUGACGUGUGGUGUUUAAAAUUCCUUAAUAAGAGACUGCUUCAUGCUACGUAAGCAUCGUCCGCAUAGAAUAAGUAUAUCACAACGUUAUCACAGUUUGAUCUGGCAGAUUGCAAUAAAAAAUACUACUAAUCCUAUAUAGAUAUAUAUCACAGCGACCUGUUGUCAGCAAUAUUACA